GAAGGGGAGAGAGAGAGGAGUAGAGUGCAUUGAAUGAGGGCAGAAGGUAUAAAGUGCACCAAAAGCUCCCAUAUGCAACUCUUGUGUUGCUUAUGUGCUAAAAAUAAGCAGUUCCAUAAGUAACUUAAUAAGAAAGGGUAAUUGGCUUCAUAAGUAAAUAAGUUGCUUGCUUAUGCAUAAGCAACUCAAAUCAAAUAGGACCUUAGGCUGUUUAGCAUGGUAACAUUAAUAUUCAGGCAAGACAAAGCUCUGAAUACUCCAGUCAGCACCGCGGAAAGGUCAUGCUAUCCUGCCUACUCUGCAUGUCUGAAGAGCAGACAGUAUAUGUGUCAGAGAGGAGGAGAGCAAACACUUUUUACGCUUGUACGUAGGCUGAAUGGCUGAUGGAUGGAUAGGAUCAAAAGCUGGAAGAAGCAGAGCGACCCAUCCAAGAGGCAGAGCCGCAGAGAGUAUACUGGAGACAGUAGCAAUGGAUAGGAUCGCGACCAGGCGGCAAGAAACAUGGUGACGAGGCAGAGCGUGAUGGGGUCUCCGUGGCAGAGCCGAGGAUACGUGCUCGCCUGCUGGGCACGUGUGCCGUCUCGCCGGAGCUCACGUGUCCACCUUUGACCCCACGCUCCCACUUCUUCGGCCUAUCUCGGGAAAUAACGAGCCCGACAAGCUACGGUUCAACUCGACUGCACUGCCGGCCCAUCCACUUCCGUCGUUCCAGCUCCAUCCAUCGUCGCCGCAUCGUCAUCGACACCAUUUCCUCGUUCAUGAUCAUCUUCUGCGCUCUUAUGUGGUGUGAGUAAUGAGUUCAGAGAGAACCUAGCUACAGUAUAGGAGUACAAGACGACAGAGGCGCCAUGGCUCGAUCCGGCGGUAACUAGCAGGCAGAGGCAUGGUGGUUGCCUGGGGUUGCUGUUUCUUCCUCGCGGCGUGCGCGCGCGCGAUCCGGCGGCUGAUCCAGCUCCCGGCGCUCCUCUGCUGCGAGGCCAUGGUGUGGGCGGUGACCUUCCUCGCCUUCCCACUCCGCAUGCUCACCGCCGUCGACAGGGAAAGAAAGCUGGGCAGGCUGAUUGGGGAGAUGCAGGCGCAGAUGGACGACCUGGUGUGGGUGAACAAGGAGCUGGAGGAGAAGCUGCAGGCGGCGCUCAGGGAGCAGGAGGCCAUGGACGCGCUUCUUGACGAGAUGGAGGACCAGAACGAGGACGCCUUUGCCAGGAUCCAUGACCUCGAGGCCCAGCUCAAGGCGCUGAGGCAGGAGAACAUGCGGCUCAACGAGCACAAGGGCAAGUCCAUGUGGGACAAGGCGCCGCCGCCACCGGAUCGUCGUGGUCAUGGCAAGGAUGGCAAUACUAAGGCAUCGGAGUCGGAGACGAAACAGGCGAGAAGCCCGCCGGUGGCAUCGGGCAGAGAACGGGCAGAGGAGGAAGCCGUGGCGGGGACACAGGAGGAGGCCGGGGCCGCCGCGGCCGCCGCCGCCUUGAAGGUGAAAUCUGCCGACCCCGCGUCGGUUCUGUCCCUGACGACGACCGCGCCGGCCGCGGACGAUGCCUUGGCGCGGCAGGCCAAGGCAGUGGCGCGGCGGCGGAGCCUGUUCAGCCUGGCCAUGUCGCUGGCGGUGGGCGGCGUGGCGUGGUCGGCGGACGCGCCGUGCCUGCCGCUGCUGGCGGGGCUCUUCGCCGUCGUGGGCGUGUCCAUGCGCAGCGUGUCGCGGUGCUGCGCCACGCUGCGACGGGGCGGGCCCGCCGCGGACGCCGUGGCGCUGCUCAGCCUCAACUGGUUCCUCCUCGGCGUCCUCACCUCGCCCAUGCUGCCGGGCGUCGCGCACGCCGUCGUCCCGCGCGCCGGCCGCGUAGUCCUCACGUGGGUCGCCGCUGCGGCGCCCGCCUGACUGAAAGCAGGCAAAGCGGCAGCGCCAUGCCGUCCGUUCCAUUGUUGUUGAGAUACUGGAUUCUGGACGCUCUGCCUGUAACGUGUUACACGUAUACAACAGUGUGGUUUAUACCAAGUUACCUUGCCGUUUUUACUCUCAUUCUACAUGAAGCUAGCUGAUACAAACAAUGGCGAGUCCUGAAGCCUCCAGGGAUCACGUCGACCUUUGUGCAACUCGAUUACAGCGGAAAACCAUUCAAAAUAUAAGAGGACACAGAUGAAUGUUGCAUCCAGA